AAUCUUCAAAUUUUAAACGUGUUAAAUACAGACAGACGCAUACCAAAUUAAAUAUUGGCCGUCGAUCCAGAAAGAGUGGCGACUGACUUGAGACUGAGCGAGUGAGUGAGUGACAAAAAAAUUAAUAAUGGAGAAUUGGGGGAGGCUGAGCCACCUGUUCGUCACGGUGUUUCUAGCGAACUUCGCCGAGUUAAUGGUGAGCCCGGCCAUUCCCGAUGUCACAUUGGCGGCGGUGUGUCCUGGCAAAGACGAGUGCUCUGCCGCCAUUUACCUCACCGGCUUCCAGCAGGCGAUUGCUGGGGUAGGUUCUGUGAUCAUGAUGCCACUGAUUGGAAAUCUAUCUGACGUUUAUGGUCGGAAAGCUUUGUUAUCGGUCCCAUUGGUUCUUACAUUUAUUCCUUUAGUUGUAUUGGCAUGGAAGAGGACAACAAACUUCUUCUAUGCAUAUUACAUCCUCAAGACAUUAACUGCCAUGAUUACUCAAAGUGGUGUCACAUGCCUUGCUCUUGGCUAUUUGGCAGACAAUGUAAAGGAGGGCAAACGUGUCUCCGCAUUUGGGGUCCUGCAAGGUGUAUCAGCUGCUGCAUAUGUGGGUGGUACAUUAGCUGCCCGCCUACUCUCCACCACUCAGAUAUUUCAGGUAGCAGCAACCAUAUCUAUUCUUGCAGCUAUAUACAUGGGAGUUUUUCUAAAGGAAACAACUCGUGGAACCGACGCUUUGAAGCAGCCUAUCUUGGAGGUGACAGAAAGCGAUGAUGGAAGUUCUAAAGCAUUAAAGAAGAUAGACAUUAAGAAAAUUCCAUCUCCUCGGGAUAUAUUUCGUUUGCUAAAGAGUAGCAUUACAUUCUCAUUAGCAGCAUUUGUUGCUUUCUUCAAUAGCCUUGCAGAGGCUGGACUUCAAACUUGCUUAUUGUACUUCUUAAAGGCCCGAUUCGGCUUCAUGAAAGACCAGUUUGCAGAUGUUUUGCUCAUUGCCUAUAUUGGAGCAACUAUAUCCAAUAUGCUCUUCAUGCCUACUUUAGGUCCUCGUAUUGGGGAGGAAACAUUGUUGUCUUUAGGAUUGUUUGCUGGAUUCUUAAAUAUGUUUUUCGACAGUAUAGCAUGGGCUCCGUGGGUACCAUAUGCUUCUGCUUCUAUGGGUCUUUUUCUUUUCUUGUCAGCCCCAAAUUUAAGAAGCAUUAUAUCAAAGCAAGUUGGGCCCAAUGAACAGGGACUUGCUCAAGGAAGCAUCUUGGGUAUAACGGCUUUCGCAAAUGUCAUAUCUCCAUUGAUGUACAGCCCUCUUUCAGCUUUGUUUUUGUCUGAGGAUGCUCCAUUUGAUUUCAAAGGUUUUAGUAUCCUAUGUGUUGGACUUGCUUGGCUGGCAGGAUUCUUUCUGAGUAUAAUGAUUCCCAUAUUAUCAAAAAGGAGGAAAAUUACCCACAUAAGCGUGGAGGUAUAAAUAAAUCAAUUAGUUUUAUCUAUGCUUAGGUUCUUCCCCAAUUAUUUUUAUUAGGGGCUUAAAAAUAAAUUAACGGUUUAUAAUAUUCUACACCGGAUGAAAUAAAUUGGGCAUAUCUUUAUCAUUCAAACACACGUACACAUUAGUAUGUGUAGAUUAACGGUGAAAAAAAUUCACUCAACGCAACUUUCAACAAGUUUAGCAUACAAAAACUGAUAACCUUGUACUUUUUUGUUUGGUCUAUAAAAUAAGUCACAUUUGUAUU